AUGCUCUCGUCAGGUGUAUGUGAAGGCGGUCAUAAUGCCCGACCUGCUUUAUGGCUCCUGCUGUUUCUCAGCCGCAAUGCGAGAGGGUCAACUGAAACGACUGCAAACCACGCAAAACAGAGCCAUCCGCUGUAUCGAUGGCAACCCGCCCCGGACAGCCAUGCAGCCGCUGCUCACUGCUCACUCCCUGUACCGUGUCAGCGAGCUCUACAGGCAGAAAAUAUUGAUCACCAUCUGGCGGUGCAUCCACGCCCGCACCAGUCCUGUGCUCGCCCAGCUUCUGACCCCGGCACAAGGCACCCCAACCCGCCAUCAGCAGUCAAAUGGCCUACUAAGCCAGGCAAACCGUAGACGCCGCGGUCAGCGGAGAUUUUCUGUUGCUGGUGCUCUGCUGUGGAACGCUCUCCCUGGUGAGGUCCGCACAAUUACCCGGCUACCUGAGUUUAAGCAUGCAUGUGUACCAUACGCCUGUAGGGAGUAGUUCGAGUUGCUGCUGAUCGGUCUGCUCUCCCUCCCCGUGCAGUUCAGUAACCCGCACGUAGUAUCACAGAUACAUCGUAUUCUCUCUCUCCCCCGUUUACCCGCAGUUAUUAGUAUCCUAUUCUCUUACUAUGUGCUUCCAUAGCUUUUACUAUGUUCUUCCAUAGCCACUUCUAGGCUAAGCCUUCGCCGUCAUUUUAUUGGGUCGUCAUCCCGUUUGAAUGUGCGAAGUGAAAUAAAAACCAACCAACCAACCUACAACUAUCACACUCACUUGCUCAUGCGUGCGUGCACGUGUGCCUAUGCGCGUCUGUAUGUGCCUCUCUCCGUCUCUGCAGGCCCGCAAGAUCGAGAAGAUCAACGCCCAGAACCUGACCUUUCAGCUGGGAGUCAACCAGUUUACCGACAUGACCGAUGAGGAGUACGCACAGAUGCUUGGCUAUCGCCAGGACAAGUCUCUGAGCAGCGCCGAGUCUUUCGUUGGCAACCCUGACGUGAAGCCGCCCGCCGAGGUCGACUGGGUCGCCAAGGGAUACGUCACACCAAUCAAGAACCAGGGUGCAUGCGGCUCCAGCUGGGCGUUCAGCACGACCGGCUCCACCGAAGGCCAGGACUUCAAGAACACUGGCAAACUUGUCUCGCUGUCCGAGCAGAACCUGAUUGACUGCAACCAAAAGGAGGCUGAUCGUGGCUGUGGCGGAGGUUUCAUGGACCAUGGCUUCAAGUACAUCAUCGAGAACCACGCAAUUGACACAGAGGAGAGCUACCCUUACACGGCCAAGGCCGGUACAUGCCGCUUCAAGGAGUCCCACGUCGGCGCCACCCUCACCAGCUACAAGGACGUGCUGCCGCGCAAGUCCGAGAGCGCCCUGCAGGAGGCUGUUGCCUCGGUUGGCCCAGUGUCGAUUGCCAUCGACGCCUCAUCGACGUAUUUCCGCUACUACAAGCACGGAGUCCUGAUCGACAACAAGUGCACCAGCGCUUACCCGAAUCACGCUGCCCUGGUUGUCGGCUACGGUGUUGAGGAGGAGCAGGACUACUGGCUGGUCAAGAACACCUUGGGUACCAGCUGGGUAGACACGGGAUACAUCAAGGGAUACCUUCAAGACUCUUGAAGGUAUCCCACUCCUCGGAGAUCUUUAGCUCCUCCAGUACGGACUUGGCCGAUACGGCGGCGACCAGCGCCAGAAUGAUCAAGCACUUCAUCUUUGCGAACGAGCGAACGGAAGCGAGAGAGAUGAAAUUUGGCGAAAAACAACAAAAUAGAAGGAGCAAAAUCCUGACGGCGGCUCUGUU